AUGGCGGGUUUCAAUCCGCAGCCCGACGAAGGUUAUUCCGAAGAUCCCCUGACCGCCCAGUCUGCUGCACCAUCAACCUUGCCGCUUAAAUCACAACGCGAAGACGCCGUCACAACGCUGGGGACGCUAAAUUCAGCUCGAUCAGGCGACGAGUUUCCGCCAUGGUUGGUGCAGCACAUUUCUAGCCUUCCGCUGACUCGCAAGACCGAACUUGCCAUGGCCCUCCUUAACGACCUCCCGACGACCGUGAUCUCACAAAUCGUAGAAAAUCUACACCCUCGGCUAUACAUCGACUUUGUCCGGUGCCUCCCCCCGGAAGUCUGCCUUCACAUCCUAGAGUACCUCGACCCUCUCUCACUCAUCAACCUAUGGGAACAACUCUAUUUCCUAGAAGGGUGGAAAGCGGUGCCCGGCGAAGUGGCCGCGGCUGAGAAGGAGAUGAACGGACCUACUUCGUCCUCUAUUCACGGCGUGUCGCGGCGUAUGGGGUCGGACGACGACGGGCACGCGCAUAAGAAGCGCGCCAUUUCUCUCUCUCCGACAUUGGAUAUCGACAGGGACACUGUGAUGACCGACGCAGGAGCUUCUCUUAAGCAGGAACCGAUAGAGAUGGACCAAAGCGAGACCAGCAUCUUUGGAGGCCCCCGGCGCCCACCUUUAAGGACCGGUAUUUCCCAGCGGAUGAGUAAUCUCGACAUUCCAAGCCCAGUAUCCAGGUCGAACUCGAAGGGGAAAGGAGUGGACAAGGGUAAAGGCAAAGCGAAAUCGACCGCCUACACGGACACCUCUCGGCCUUCGUUCCUGCAAACUGUCAUGCGGCCACAGCUGGCCAAGUCAAGUUUAUGGGCGUGGGAUGGCUCGUCUACACGGUUCAAGAUAAAUUGGAAGUAUCUGUACAGCAUGCGACGGAAACUGGAAGUGAACUGGGAGCGGGGUCGGUACGUCAACUUUCAGUUUCCACACCCCGCCCAUCCAGAGGAAGGCCAUGAAGAGUGUGUCUACAGCCUGCAGUUCAACGCGCAGUACCUCGUCAGUGGGAGCCGGGAUCGGACGAUCAAGGUGUGGGACAUGAAGACACGCCGAUGCCUCCGGACGCUCGCCAAACACCGAGGCUCUGUUCUGUGCUUGCAAUUCGAUGCCGAUCCCAACGAGGAUAUCAUCGUAUCUGGGAGUUCGGAUUCAGACGUGAUCAUCUGGAGGCUGUCAACGGGGGUACCAAUACAGACGCUUAAGAACGCCCACCGGGAAUCGGUCCUCAACGUCCGAUUCGACAGCCGCAUCUUGGUCACCUGCUCGAAGGACAAGACGAUCAAGGUGUUCAACCGGAAGCCGCUUCGUUACGGGGACCUUGGAUACCAGGAAGUCGAUCCGGUCGGAACGAACAUCAAGGACUACGGUUACAACAUUCCCAUGACACCCGACGACUACCCCAUUAUUUCAGCCUGGACGAUGAUAGGGUGCCUCGAAGGCCACAGUGCGGCGGUCAACGCGAUCCAGAUUCUAGACCGCGAGGUGGUGUCGGGUAGUGGUGACCGGCACAUCAAGGUUUGGGACUGGCCGACCCAGGUCUGUACGCGUACUAUUGUUGGACACAAUAAAGGUAUCGCAUGCGUGCAGUACGACGGUCGCCGGAUCGUAAGCGGCAGUAGUGACAGCGAAGUGAAGGUAUUUGACCGUCAGACCGGGCUAGAGGUAGCCAACCUCCGCUCGCACACGAAUCUAGUGCGCACCGUCCAGGCAGGGUUUGGGGACAUGCCGUACAGCGUCGAGGCUGAUCUGGAGGAGGCGAAACGAGUGGACCAACAGUACUUCAAGGCGCUGGAAUCCGGCAUGCUCGAAGAACGCGAACGGCCUCGCGGGCCAGGGCGGCGUCCGGGGAAUGCAGGGUCUCGUCGGCCGGAGGAUAUUUGUGCGUAUGGCGCGAAAUUGCCCCCGGGCGGUGGAGGUGGUAGGUACGGGCGGAUCAUCAGCGGUAGCUACGAUGCCAGCAUCAUCAUCUGGCGUCGAGACAAAGAAGGGGUCUGGAAAGACCAACACCACCUCCGGCAAGAGACUGCCGCUGCGGCCGCGAUGCAGCAGGACCGAAACGGGGCCGGUGUCCCCCUCCAUCCGUCAGUUCAAAAUCUCGUCAGCCGCGAAGCCCUCCGAGCCAUCAGAGCAGCGGCAAAUGCCAGCCCGUCAGCGGCACCGACAGCGCCAGUAACGGCAACAACUACAGCGACUCCGGCAACAACCGCGACGACGACAACGACGAACAACGCCGGCCCAUCGACUGCCCCGCCCAACAACGCGUUAAGGUCACAGACAUCUAGCGCGCCCCCGGGCACCUUGACAGGGCCAACCCUUCCACCUAUUAGCGCCCUUGCCAUGGAGAUUGCCCAGUCUGAGCCUUCAACAGCAGCGACCUUUCCAGGAUUCCACCCGGCCAUAGACACCGCGAUCGAAGCCGGGCCGCAAGCCCUGGCGGCUGCCAUCGCAGCACAGCCGGGAAUUCUUGCGCACCGUAGCUACGUCGAAGCAGCCAUUGACAGGCAACAGAACCCAGUGCUUCGGAGCCAGCUCCGGCAGACAUUCGCGAGCGCCGUGGUCAGGGCACAGUCGGAACAGGCCCGGCAUCGACGUGAAGCGAUCCGGCGUCAAGGAGCCGUCGCAGAUUCCGCAGCAGCGGGCCCCAGCGUGGGACAGCCGGGGAACAUCGGCAGCAGCAGAAGCCAACCACAACCGCAACCGCAAAUCGCAGCGGGCGUGCUCACGCCAGCCCAAAUGGCAGCAGCAGCAGCGCACCAGGCGAGCGCACAGAUUCCACAGGGCGCUCACAUGCAUCAGGUACCCUCUCCUCUUCCUGCCGUUGUCCCCGUUGCGCCCCAUCGGGCUCCGUCGAGCACCGCUGGUGCUGGUUCCGUCGUUGGCGCGAGUUCCCACCAAAUCCCUCAUCAGCACCACCAGCAGCAGCAUCAGGCCCAGAACCAGCUCCAGAACCAGAACCAGGCAGCUGCCGCCGCAGCUGCUACGGCCGCGACGGCCGCGUUUGAUGUGCCGGACCCAGCUAACGCGGCGCGUGUGUUCAAGAUCCAAUACGACGCACGGCGUCUGAUCUGUUGUAGUCAACGCAGCGUCAUUGUCGGGUGGGACUUUUGCAAUGGGGACGCAGAGCUCGAAGAGGCGAGCCGGUUCUAUGGGCCGGUGGAUUAA